UCCGCCUCCCGCUGUCUCGGAAACCAAUGAGAGAGAAGCACGAGGAUUUGCGCGUGCGUAGUCCUACUCAAUGGGCGUGCCCAGGGAAGACCAGGGGAUCCCUGCAAGCAACAUGACUAAAAAGAAGCGGGAGAAUCUGGGCGUCGCUCUAGAGAUCGAUGGGCUGGAGGAGAAGCUGUCCCAGUGCCGGCGGGACCUGGAGGCUGUGAGCUGCCGGCUGCACAGGACAGAGCUGAGCCCUGAGGACAGGCGGUCUCUGGAGAAGGAGAGAAACAGCCUAAUGAGUAGAGCUUCCAACUACGGGCCCCUCAUAUCCCAGCCUCAGCCUCAGGCACACUGAAGAGUGGCUGAGUAGCAUUUGGCCCGGGGCUGUGCGGGUCUGGACAGUCUGAGGGCGCUGAGAAAGGCGGCGACUGGAAAGAAACACCCGUGCCCUCCGCCACCUGCAUGCUGUGCGGGAACGCGGCAAGCAGGAGGGGCUGGGCGGCCCGUGGACGCCACCACCCUUGUGCCCCCAGAGCAGGAGCUGAAGAUGCUACGGCGGGAGAACCGCAAGAACAUGCUGCUCUCGGUGGCCAUCUUCCUCCUCCUGGCCCUGCUCUACGCCCACUGGACCAUGUGAGUCCCAGGGACAGGCGGGCCCUUGAAGCCUCCGGAGGACCUGGGCACCGGAUACCCCAUCCACUUGGGCAUUCAGCCCAACACGGCCCACGUGGGCCUGGGGUCUGGACUCAGUGCUGGCUCCUCCCUCAGUCCGAGUGACAGGCAAUAAAGGACACCAGGCUGCCACCA